AUGCCUCGUCUUCGUCCACCGUUCCCGCCCUCUCAACUCCGGGCCCAGCUCACGUUCCUCCGUCAUCGCUGUGUCGCUUCCACUUCGACCGCAACGCCCACGCCCUCUCCGACCGGGUCUGGCCCAACGAUCUUUGCCCCCGCUACAGCACGAGGCAAAGCCGCGAUAUCGAUCCUCCGCAUAUCAGGUCCGGAAGCGCUUACCGUCUGGCACCAAUGCACCGAACCUCCUCACCUCAAGGCACCUGGCAAACGUUCUUCAAGCCAUAAUCCACCUGAACGAAAGGCGGUCCUCAGAAAGAUCCUCCACCCUCAGUCACGCGAGGUUCUUGAUCAUGGCAUUGUCAUUUACUUUCCAGGUCGGUCGUCGGACCUCGCUUAGACGUACUAUCACUGCUGUCACGCGCAAGCUGAUGGUGUACGCUCGAUCCGCGGCUUGACAGCCCAUUCGGCGUUGACUUCGCAACCGACGCUCGAGCUGCAUACCCAUGGCUCACCCGCACUGUUACAGCUCUUGAUCGACGUGCUUCCUACACUUUCCAGAUCGUUCCGAAUAGCCGAACCAGGUGCGUUCAAGCGCUCUAGGUAGGUAAUUGGCCUAAAGCAGACGAGGAGAGCUGAAAUCACGUGACCCACCCCUCAGGCGAAUUCACCCGACUGGCGUUCGAAUCGGGCAAGAUGGACUUGACCGAGGUCGAAGGCAUACGAGACCUCGUCGAUGCUCACACAGAGAGUCAAAGGACACUCGCCGCUCGGCAGGCCAAUGUGGGUGAUAUCGAGAUCACCGUUUGCUCUCGUGGCAGGCUAGAAACACCGAAGCUGACACCAAGCUCUGUUCGCGCACAUGAUCUCAGGGUCAAACGAGGAAAGUGUACGAGGGUAUGAGAGCUCAGAUCAUCGAAUCUACGGCACUUGUUGAAGCCUUGAUUGACUUUGGCGAGGACGAGGGUAUCUCCGAGGACGUUUUCGAGCAAGGUCAGAAACUUUUUCAGACCCUUUUCACCCUUCGGCUUCGUGACGCUGACUGUGCCUGUGAGCAUAUACCGAUCUCAAACAGCAAGAGACAAGGUAAAGCAACUGCGUGAUCGGAUAGCACAAAGUUUAGCCGACGGACGAAGAGGCGAGAUCAUUCGAUCCGGGAUCCAACUCGCCAUCAUCGGCGCACCCAACGCGGGCAAGAGUAGCCUGUUGAAUUGGUUAGGUGGGAACCUUUCCCGUUCGGUAUCGCAGAGAGGGCUCUUGAAAUUGAUGCGAGUGCUGGAAAGUGCUUUCACAGCUCAACGGGAAGCGGCGAUCGUGGCUUCGACACCGGGAACAACACGUGACAUUGUCGAACUUUCCUUGGACUAUCACGGCUUCCCCAUUACCGUCGCUGACACUGCGGGAUUGCGCAAGACACAUGACGAGGUCGAAGGCAUAGGGAUCGCACGAGCCCUGCAAAAGUGAGUCGCCAUAUCGUGAUGACGAUGCGUUUGCCCGCUAAGAGAAUUGCUGGGUCUCGUGACUUGCAGAGCCCGCGCAGCCGAUGUCAAACUCUGCGUUCUAUCCCUCCCAGCCAUCUUGGAAUCGGGAGACAAGGCCAUCAUAGACCCUCUCACACUCAACCUGAUCGAUGCCUCCACCAUCGUGGUUCUGAACAAGGUCGACGCUUUAAGAGCUACCGAACCUCAACUUGCAUACGUUCGUUCGGCACUUGCAUCAACUUCGUGGGGAUCGAGAAGCACGAAGACACUUUGGCAGGUCAGUUUGAAGACUAGAGAUGGGUUGAGAGAGUUAGGGGAUGGAUUGAAGGAGGUAUUGAAAGACAGGUAAGACGCUUCGACCGCUCGGACUGUCAGAUCAGAGCCUAAUCGCUGUGCCUGUAUCGUCCGUCUCAGAUUCGACCUUCCCGAAGAUGCCGAUGACAUUCCCUUGGUGACGCACGCUCGUCAUCGCCACCAUCUCCAAGUAAGCCGUGCAUCAGACUUCAUAUCUCGAACUCAUAGGGUUGUACGCUGACCAGCCCGUUUUGACCACAGGAGUGCCACAUCUCACUCGAGACGUUCCUCUCCCUCGAAGCGGAAGACAUCGUUUCCGCAGCAGAGGAGUUGCGAUACGCCGUUUUCGCUUUGAGCAAGAUCAGUGGUGCCAUCGACACCGAAGAAAUUCUCGGCCAGAUCUUUAGUGGAUUUUGUAUUGGGAAGUAG